GUGUCCCUGUCAUCCUCUUGCGAAGACACCGCCAUGGCCAUGGCAGGCCAAAGCCGAGUCUUUCCACCCACCAACUCCUCUGCAUCUUCGUCCUUUCGCUUCUCCAGUUCCAUUCCUACCCCCGUUUCCUGUCUCUUCCUCGCUUGGCUACAUGUGUAUAAAUGCGCCGUGCCGUGCCAUAUUAUUCCUGAGAGAUUUUGCGGUGCAUGCGUGAUCUUCUCGACCACCAAGGAGGAACGAGGGCCUGCUAAAUUUGGCAGUGAAUUAAUCAGUAGCCAGCCAUUGCUCAGUGCAGUUAUUCGAUUCUUCAGUUGCCCGGUCGUUUCCAUUUUGCCAGGCGAGAGAGAGAGAGAGCAGAGCGUGCCGGUUCUUGGAGGGAGUUCAUUGCUCCUGGUUGGCUCCAUGCGUCGCGGCGAGGUGGCUCGGAUUAAUGGCUUCCAUUUGGUCAUGAGGGAUUGAUUGAUCUAUGCGUUGCGUUUGCGCCGGUGGAGAUUGCGGAGGAGGAGGGGAAGAGGGACAGCUGCUUGUUGGUUGGUUCUUGCAAUGAGCGACGUCUCCGGCAGCUUCGUGGUGGCCGCGGCCGUGGUCGCCGUGUCGCUGGCCGUGGCGUCGGCGGCGGCGCACGACUACGGCGAGGCGCUGCACAAGAGCCUGCUCUACUUCGAGGCACAGCGGUCGGGGCGGCUGCCGUACAACCAGCGCGUGCGGUGGCGCGGCCAUUCGGGCCUCACCGACGGCCUCGAGCAAGGCGUGGACCUAGUGGGCGGGUACUACGACGCCGGCGACCACGUCAAGUUCGGCCUCCCCAUGGCGUUCACCGUCACCAUGCUGUCGUGGGGCGUCCUCGAGUACGGCGAAGGCGUCGCCGCCGCGGGGGAGCUUGCGCACGCGCUGCAGGCCAUCAAGUGGGGCACCGACUACUUCAUCAAGGCGCACACGGGACCCAACGUGCUCUGGGCGCAGGUCGGCGACGGCGACUCGGACCACUACUGCUGGCAGCGGCCGGAGGACAUGACCACGUCGCGGCGCGCGUACAAGGUGGACGCCGAGAACCCCGGCUCGGAGGUGGCCGCCGAGACGGCCGCGGCCAUGGCCGCCGCCUCCGUCGUGUUCCGGCGCGCCGGCGACGCGCACUACGCGCACCUCCUCCUACACCACGCGCAGCAGCUGUUCGAGUUCGCGGACACGUACAGAGGCCGGUACGACGCGAGCGUGGAGGUGGUCAAGAGCUAUUACCCGUCGUCGAGCGGCUACCAGGACGAGCUGCUGUGGGCGGCGCUCUGGCUGCACCGCGCCACCGGCCGCCGCGACUACCUUGACUACGCCCUUGCCAACGCCGACGACUUCGGCGGCACUGGAUGGGCCGUCUCCGAGUUCAGCUGGGACAUCAAGUACGCUGGACUCCAGGUCCUGGCAUCCGAGCUGCUGGUUGAGGAGAAGGAGCGGCAGCUGCGGCUGAGCGACGAGCAGCGCGCGGUGGUGGAGCAAUACCGGUCCAAGGCGGAGUACUACGUGUGCUCGUGCAUGAACCGGAACCCCGGCGGCGCAGAGCACAACGCCGGCCGCACGCCGGCGGGGCUGCUCUUCAUCCGCCCCUGGAACAACCUCCAGUACGUCUCCAGCGCCGCCUUCCUCCUCACCAUUUACUCCGACGUGCUCGGCGCCCUUGGCCAGCCUCUCCGCUGCGGCCAGUCCGACGCCGGUGCCGGCGAGGCCGCGGCCGAGGCGGGCGACGUGCUGGCGUUCGCCAAGACCCAGGCUGACUACAUCCUGGGCACCAACCCGAUGCGCACGAGCUACCUCGUCGGCUACGGCGCGGCGUACCCGCGGCGGGUGCACCACCGCGCGGCGUCGAGCGCGUCGUACCGGCACGACAGCGACUUCAUCGGGUGCCUGCAGGGGUUCGACUCGUGGUACAGCGCGCGGCGGGAGAACCCGCACGACCUCGUCGGCGCCGUCGUCGGCGGGCCCAACGCCGAGGACGUCUUCAACGACCACCGCGGCGCAUACAUGCAGACGGAGGCCUGCACGUACAACACCGCGCCCAUGGUCGGGGUCUUCUCCAAGCUCAUGCAGCUAGAGGGGCAGCAGCCGCGGCGUCCGCCGUCCUCGGCGACUGCGGCGCCGGAGGCGGAUCUUCGAUAGGAGAAUCCAUUCCUUGGAAAAUGUUCGAUGUGAGAGGAAAAUAACAUCGGUGAAAGGAAAAGAGAGAGAGAAAAAAGAUAUUGAGUAGGAUGGAUGUAUACAUGAUUCUUUUUUGUUGAUUCAUAGAGAUUGUUUGUUUCAUCUUUUGCACAUAAAAAGGAGAUGAAAGGAAGAAACAUAGAAUUUAAUCGAA